AUGCUUGGGAUUAUAGCAUCUUUUGUUGAUAAACCUUUCAUAUUCAAUUUUAGCGAUGAAGAGUCACCUGUGUCGCUUGUGAAGUUACAUGUUAUAGCUGACAAAGAGGAAGGUUGGAUUCAAGUGGUGUCAUCAAUAGUAAAUGUGAUACCCCUUGAAGAUCCUUUUGGGCCGUCGGCUAUAACAAUCCUCCUUGAUGACUGUCCACUACCAUCCAGGGAUGCAGUGAUUAAGGUGACAAAGCUGCUACGGCUCUCUUCGCAGCGCGCAACAGCACGCGAGAUGAACGUACGCGUCGAACGCAACAUCUGUGUCGUUCUCGGCUGCAUAGCUGAGAAGCUAGCCGGGCCCAACAGCGUCGCUAUAUUCACCGAAGCUACUCUCGAUUACUUGCUGACGUUCUUAAUAACGCGUCGCGAGCCGUGCAUCGUUCUGUUUGCGCUGAUCGCCCUCGAGAAGUUCGCGCACACGACAGAGAACAAGCUGAACAUCAAGAGUCGGCUGGAGAAGGAGGCCGAGAACCCGCUGCUGGUACUGGAGACGUACGCGGACUGCGACGACGAAAUGUGGCGCCAGGUCGGCUUCUGCGCGAAAUGGGCCCUCGACAAUCUCUUCAUCGUCGAAGGGCGCAAGCUGUCGUACGAGCGCACGGACAUGUCCGACAUAAACGUGAUCCUCAACUGCCAAGACGUGAGCGAGUACCUGAAGAUAUGCAGCAGCGGCCUGGAGGCCCGCUGCGACUCGUACUCCUUCGAGAGCGUCCGCGCCACGCACCGGGUGGACCAAGGCUGCUGGUACUACGAGGCCAGCAUUAUCACGCCGGGGGUCAUGCAGAUCGGCUGGGCCACCAAGAAUAGCCACUUCCUGAACCAUCAGGAGGGCUACGGUAUUGGGGACGAUCUGUUCUCCCUGUCGUACGACGGGUGCAGGAGGCUGAUAUGGCACAAGGCGAGGCCGUCGCCCGUGGAGGAGAUGCCGCCGUGGCAGCCGGGGGACGUGCUGGGCUGCCUCAUCGACCUCAACAAGAGGGAGGUGGUCUUUUCGCUGAACGGCGCCACGCUGCAUCCGUGCAGGGAGCUGUUCGAGACUGCCCGCUACGGGUUCUUCGCGGCCGCGAGCUUCAUGGCGUUCCAGCAGUGCCGGUUCAACUUCGGCCACGAGCCGUUCAAGUUCCCGCCGACGGACCGCGCCUACUUCAGCUUCAACGAGCACGCCUACCUCUCGGCAGAGCAGAAGAAGAUCAUUCCGAGGAGACUGUUCUUGGAGCAGCUGCGGUCCUCGAGCAUCGAUGAGAACGCCUGCACGCUGUGCUACGACGACACAGCCUGCUGCGUGCUGGAGCCGUGCGGCCACGGCGGCUUUUGCGCCGUUUGCACCGCACAACUGAAGGAGUGCCCGCUCUGCAGGGCGGACAUCCUGAACGUCCGGCGUGAGGACACA